AUGUGCAAAAGAUUUGAAGACGAUUUGAAUGAAGACAUUAAGCUGUUAGUCGGGAUUUUGGAAAUAAAAGAGUUUAUGGUACUGGUCAAGCGAGCAUGCAAAGCUGAAGAACUUGGGAAAGAGAAAAGGAAAACUGACUUUGAAGCUAGAGAUUCAUUGAAUGGCCGGGCUUGUUUCAAAUGUGGAUCAUUAGAUCAUUUCAUCCGUGAAUGUCCUAAGUUGGCCAACCAAGAUAUAAUGCAGAAUACAAGGCCGAUUAACACUGCAGCUAGAGGUAGACCACCAGAAACACGGGUAAUAUCUGAAGCCCGCGCACCUGCCAGAGCUUAUGCUACUCACACUCAUCGUGAAGAAGCUUCAUCUGUAGAUGUUAUUACCGGUACUUUCACUCUUUAUGAUACUACUGUGAUUGCAUUGAUAGAUUCAGGAUCAACUCAUUCUUAUGUAUGUGAGACUUUAUUAUCCAGUAAGACUUUGCUUGUAGAGUCUACUGAAUUUGUGAUUAGAGUAUCAAACCCCUUAGGCAAGUGUGUUUUAAUAGAUAAAGUGGGCAAGAACUGUCCGCUGAUGAUUCAAGAUUUCUGCUUUCCGACCGAUUUGAUGUUGUUGUCUUUCGAUAAAUUUGAUAUAAUUUUGGGUAUGGAUUGGUUAACAUUGCAAGAUGCUAUUGUAAACUGCAAACAGAAGAUGAUUGAUUUGAAAUGUCAGAAUAAUGAGAUUAUCCGGAUUGAAUUAGAUGCUUUGAAUGGUUUACCGGCAAUGAUUUCUUCGAUGUUAGCUUGA